ACCCAUCAAAUCCAGGCAGACUGGCAGACAGCCCAGCCAACCCAACCGUGACCCAACCAAACCAAGUCCAACCAACCUCUUCUUAGGUCAUUACAAUAGAUUUGCCUACUGUCUCUCACUUCUCUUAUCUCACAGCAAUAAUUUUGAUAAAUUUGAAAUGAAGUUGCUUUUAUAAGUUACAGUUCUGCCUCUAUAUAUUUUGAAUUGAAGACCACGAAGAACCUACAGAAGGGAUUGGAAUACCAAUAAGAUGCAGUACACUUCUGAUGAAGCCUACGCUCGACUCAUUAGCCACAAGAUGACCGUACCACAAAGGAUAAAGGCAACUGGUGACAUAAUGGAUGACGAGACCCAAAACGGUUUGGGAACAGGAUGGGACUAUGCCAAUGAAAAAUUUGAUAUGAAGGUACCAGAAAGGAUACUUGUAGUUGGACAAGAUCAGCACAUUGGUACUAAAGCUCCGCCUCGAGAAAUUCAGCUUGAUAAUGCAGUACUCCCCACUGAUCCAGGGAUGAUCCGAGUGAACACGCCUCCUCGUGUGAUCACUCUCGAUCAGCACUACUUCCCAUCAGCUGAUGACUUUCAGGAGAGUAUGCCUAACUCUCCUCCCAGGAAUGUAAGAAUGUACAGAUCUCAAGCGGAUGGUGCCCUGUCACAACCACAUGUCGAUCAUUUUAAUGACUCAACUAUGACAGAAUCAAGGCUGGUUCUAAGAGAUCCAACACCUCCAAUGGGGGCUGGCGAAGGUCUCUCCACUGCUGAAGAAAUGGUGCAUUUACGACGACAGAUAGUCAAAUUAAACAGGCGCGUAAUGUCGAUCGAAGCUGAACAAUUACAGAGACAGCAAAAGGAGAAAAUAGCUUACGCUAUUGGCAUUGCUUACUUGUUGUUCAAAGUUAUUGCUUGGCUUAAUCGAUCCUAAUAAGUUAUACAAGGUAUUUCUCCAAUUCCCCAUGUAGAUGUCGAUUUUAAAAUGCAUUAAAGAGGUCUAGGUAAUUUUUAAAUGCAAAAAUGGAAUUCGAAAAUGUACUACUGCCUAAAUGAAAUUUACUAAAUGAGUAAUUUUGUUCAGAAAUGUAAUGUAGGUUGACGUAAUGUUUAUAGAAAAGAACGGAUAAGUUGAAAGUUUUAUUGCGUUGCAUACUACUAUAAUCUAUUUUGACCGCUCAGAUAAUUCUGAGCUACAAUUGUAUAAUAAUAUAGUUGUGCAUGCAUGCAAUAUUUACCAGUGUAACGCUGAAAGUAGACAACUAUGACAUGUAAAAAUGUAUUUUAUUUAUUUGUUUCUAUUGUUUCUUCUAGUACUUAGGUAACUUUUUUUAUACAAUUACAUCAGUUGGCCACAAGAAAACUAUAUCUUAAGGAAACAAUUUACGUUAUAAGGUAUAACAUGUGGUCUUCAGAACAUUACAAUUUCUUGUACAUUGAUGUUAUAAAUUUUAGAUGUACAUAAUAAUUCAACCAUCUU